GAAGAAAACAAAAAGACGCAUAUCUUCACUUUCUGCGACUCGCGGCGUUCAAGGAAAUGCAAAGAUGAACGGAGCAACAGAAAGACGAGACGCUCGAUAAGAGCCUCGCCUGCUUCUCUCGUGUCUCGCUAGCUCUGAGAAAGAGAAAGAGAGAGAAUCCGUUUUCUCUCCCCCUCUUUAUCACUUUCAACCAACGCUUCCCCGUCAACUUGUCAUUCGUUCUUCUUCUUCCCAUGCCAUUUGGGAUGUUUCCUCGGUUCUCCUACUCUCUCACCUGCCAACUCUUUCUUCGGCGUCUUCUUCGUCUCCUCUCUGGGUUGCGCGUACCGCCGAGACAUCAUGGCGUCUCUUCAGUCUCCAGUUUUCGACGCGGCUCUCUGGGAAGUCGAUUCGACCUCUGAGAAAGUUCCGUCCGUACGUUCUUCUCAUCCUGCUCAUCGUUCUUCUCAUCAUAGGUCUUCUGUCUCUUCUCCCCAUCGUUCUUCUGUCUCUUCUCCCCAUCGUUCUUCUUCUCUUAAUCGUUCUUCUUAUCGUAGGUCCUCCUCUAUCUCUUCCCCCCAUCGUUCCUCUUCUCCCCAUCGUUCUUCUGUCUCUUCUCCCCAUCGUUCUCCUUCUCUUAAUCGUUCUUCUUAUCGUAGGUCCUCCUCUACCUCUUCCCCCCAUCGUUCUUCUUCUCCUCAUCGUUAUUCUGUUUCGCCUCGUUCUUUUUCUUCCGCGUCUUGGGCUUCCAGAAGAGGUGAAUUCGAGAGGAAGGGAGAGGCGAAGGAGACAGUCUCUCUGGCUGUUUCGUCUCGCGGCCUCUCUGAGUCUCUUCGCGAAGUCAAGCGAACGGUGUCCGUCAGCAGCGCCCUCGACUCGACGACGGCAUCUUCGCUGUCACCUCCAGUGGAGGUUUUCGGCCGGUCCCUCCUCUCGGUGUCCAGCUCGAUCCCCCAAUCAAGUAUAUCCCCUCAGGCAGCAGCUGCGCUUGACUCUCGAAUCUACUUCUCUCCGUUCCCUUUGUCCCCUUCCUCUUCUUCUCUCUCUUCUUCUUCUCACUCCCCAUCUCAAUCUUCGUCUGCUUCCUCUUCUUCCUCCCCAUCUCCAUCUUCGUCUGCUUCCUCUUCUUCCUCCCCAUCUCCAUCUUCGUCUGCUUCCUCUUCUUCCUCCCCAUCUCCAUCUUCGUCUGCUUCCUCUUCUUCCUCCCCAUCUCCAUCUUCGUCUGCUUCCUCUUCUUCCUCCCCAUCUCCAUCUUCGUCUGCUUCCUCUUCUUCCUCCCCAUUUCAGUCUUCCUCUUGUUCUUCCCCCUCUUCUUCUGCGUCUGCAGAGAGGGAGGAGUGGAUUUGUCGUUUUCCAUCUGAGAGUUGUUCUCCCGUUGUCUCAGAGCCGAGAACCACGGGUGAGGGAGAGGACGGCGAGGAAGCAGACGAAGCGCCCCCCGAGGAGAGAGAGCAGAAGGCGACACUCGAGAAAGACGACGAGGAUUCGCCGGCGUUUCCAUUCUCUCCUCGACAGAGACAGCAGGCGCCGCAGUUCUCAGGUUCUUCUCCACCUGUCGCUUCUUGGAAAGAACACAGACGCGAAUUGUUGCGACAGAACUUGUCGGUUCGUCGUCCACGCUUUUCCUCAGCUUUUGAAGAAGACUCCAGCCGCCGAUACACCUCAGACCGCCGGCCGUCUUCCUUUUCUUCUCCCUUUUCUUCUCCUUUUUCUUCCCCUCCGUUUUCUGCUUCCGACUUGAUCGCGUCUGGCGCCUGCGGCCUCCCGAUUUCUUCUGCCUCGCCUUCCUCGCUCGCGCCUCCUUCUUCUACGACGCCUUCCGGAGAUGCACCUGGCAACUGCGAGGGAGAAAAGGCAGAAGGGGGAGAGGAAGUCAUGCUCGCGAGGUGCAGCGAGCAUGAACCUUCAAAUGGGGGUCGCUCGUCACAUGACGGCUUGCGGAGACACUCUUCAUUCGGAAGGCAGAAAGCGACGCGCCGAAGAGGGAAAUCAAAGGGAGAGCGAGAAGAAGACGCAGGUGGAGUGCAUCCGGGCAACUCGUCUUUCUCUACUUCUCUUGGAGGUUCGCAUGGCGAGACCGCGAUAAAAGGACCCCUAUGGUCGGACCGCAUGAGCCGCCACCGUCGAGCUGUCUCUCUGUCUCCUCUGAAGGAGCCGUCUUCGGCCUCUUCCACGCCGGAGACGAACCUGCGUCGCUUCUUGAAGGCUCGAGAGUUUGAGGCAAGUGCGAAGAUCUUGUCAACUCUGUCUCCGUCGGUCAGGAUUCGUCUCUUUCUGGAUCUGCUCCGACAUUUGCAUUCUCUCUCGUCUGCGGCUGCAGUUCCCUUUCGUUCGACUGCUCCCGCAGCAAGUCACUCAAAGGCUGCAUGUUCUUCCUCCCGUUCUUCGUGCUCUCCACUGUCUUCGAGCAAUCCGGACUGCUUGCUCUCGCUGGCGACAGAGAACUUCCUCCUCUCUGCGGAGGCGCUCUCCUCGCUUGUGAAAGGUCCGCGGGAGGCGGCAGAGAAGCGAGGAGAGGCUGAGGGGGGAAGGCGAGAAGCAGAGGAAGAAACCGAGAGCGACGGCGAGUGUGAGCGUCGGGAAUUCCUCAGUUUGAAGGAAGGAGAGGACGAAGGAGUGGAAGGAUCUAUCGUGGACGCCGGCUUUCGCUGUCAGAGCAGUCUCUUGGCAUUUUGCCUCCUCGCCCCGGAGAUCGUUCAGAACGUCUUCGACGUCUCCCAUUUUCCCCUCCUCUUCCCUGAAAACCAAGGUGAAGAAGAGAGGACCCGCAGCCUCUUUCUCUUCUACGCAUUUCUGCUUUCUUCGCGGUCCAGAAAAAACAGAGAAAGCUCUCAGGAACACCUAAGCCGGCCUCAGCGCUCUUCCGCAUUUCCCUCUUCUUCCUCUUUUUCUUCUUCCUCUUCUUCUUCCUCUUUUUCUUCUUCCUCUUUUUCUUCUUCCUCUUCUUGCUCUUCCAGGUUCUGCGCUUCGCCCUGUGCUGUUGGCGAGGAGGUCCCCGAGAAGCGGAGAGACUGGUCCGCGCGUUUCUUCUCGCUGCUCCUGCGUGAGGCGUCCGACGAAGAGAGGACGGACAGGAAGGUCGACGUCUUCGCUCUCAGAAAUCUAGGACCCUCGGCGACGCGCACAGCCUUGUGCCUUCUCUGGAGAGAGGCUCUUGUGGGGGUGCCGACAAGCCUCGUCGACGAAGACGCCGCCGAGACAGACGAGAAGACGCGAGAAGCAGAUACGAGCAGGGAGCAGAAGGGUGAAGAGACUGGGAGAAGGGAGGAGAGUGAGGAGGAGGCAUUGAGGCGAGGCGGCGAGGAAGAGAGAACAGUGGCUCCAACAGACAGUGGAGACGGGAACGCGAAGAGCGACAAAGAAAAACCUGGAAUGAGGGCAGAAGAGCCGGAAGAAAAGGAGAAAAAGAGACUCAGAGAAGAAGCGAGAGCAGCGCAUGCGUUGCUCGUCGACGUGUUGCCUGUCUGGGCAGACGACGAAUCUAUGGCACCGGAGAUGCUGUCGCUUCUCGCCGAUGUCUCUAAGCGUUUCCUGGCUUUUUCACAGUCUCUCGCUUCUUCUUUGGCAUCGGUACCUUCUUCUUCUUCUUCUCCUCCUCCUUCUCCUCCUUCGCCGUCAGCCUGCGCUUCUCUGCGAUCCAUCCGUCAGGGGGAUGCUUCUCCUGAUGACGGAGACGCACUGACUAGGGCGUUUCUUUCGCGAGUAACUUUUCGGAAGGGUCUUUGCGCUCCAGGUCUUCUUCUUCCUCUCGUAACUCUUCAAGCAGAUUCAGACAAAACUCUUUCCUCAAGUUUCGCGUCGCUUCUCUCUUCUCUCAGGGCCUCUCCCGCAGAGACCGUCGAGUUCUGGACGGUGGUGUGGAUCUUCGCCAUCAGGUGCCUUUCGCAUGUUUUCCCCUCUCCCCCUCUCGUUCUCUCUUUCUGCCGCGCCUCGAGCCUUGCUUCGGCCCCCGCUCUCCCUGUCUUCUUCCAGUGCGGCGUUGCCGCUCUUGUCCGGAUUCUCUCCCUCAUCCUCGCAGCAACUCUCCCUUCUUCUCCCUCUUCUUCUUCCUCUUCUUCUCUUUCUCCCUCUUCUUCUUCCUCUUCUUCUCCCUCGGCGUUUGAGCUUUGUCUGCGCGUCGCAUGCUCGCCGAUUGAGGAGGCGGUCAGCCUCGCGACGGCGAAGCCAGGCAGAACGAGAGUGGAGACGACGACGAAGAAGAGCGAGGCAGAUAAGUCGAUCUGCUCUCCAGUUUCCUCGCCACACUCAGAUGUGGAGGAGGCGUAUGUUGGGCUGCAGCUCUCGACUCCUGCGGAGCAGACGCACAAGGCUCUUUCUCUGUCUCCUCAAAUCGCGGACGAGAGCGGUCUGUCGGCACCGAUUUCGACCUCGAGUCCGACCGCUUCUCCUGCUCGUUCUGCGUGUUUGCCGCCGUUCUCGAAGCGAGCUCCCGUUUCAGUGGCCCGGCAUUUCUUCACUGGCUGCCUCUCAGCUUCUCUGCUUCGCCUGGUGCUAGAAGAAGACCCGUCGCUCUUUACUUCCUCUUGCACUCGACGAGGGAUUCAAUCGGUCGCUGCGUUGCUUCUCUCCGCGACAAAGGCGAUCCAGGAUGCUGCAGCAGGCUACACCACCCUGUCGCGCUUCGCCGGCGGAGACGGACAGGGGGGUCGAAGGGAGGAGAGAAGAACCGGAGGAGAGGAGAAGAAAGGCGAGAAAGAAACGAGUGGACGCACAGCAGCAGAUCAAGAGGCGGCGGCGAGGAACGACUGGGGCAGAGACUCUCUGUGCUCUUGUGAGGAGGCAGGAGUCGAGGCAGAGAAAAGAGACGGCCUUUCUCUGUCUCAGGAAGCGCUCAACUUUGCGCAAGCGACAGAAGCGUUUGGCGUGCAGUUGAUGAAGAAACUGAAGGAGAAAGCAGCGCGGCCAAGAGACAGGCAAAGAAGGACGAGCUCGGGAUCUCCUCCACAGUCUCCUGCUGUGGAGGGAGGGUCCUUGGUCCUGUCAGCGAGUCCUUGCAGAAAGCUCCGACAGUCUUCCUCUCCUUCGUCUCCUGCUUCUUCGCCUCGAGCUUCUUCUUCUCGCUCUUCGCGAUCACCUUCUCCUCGAUCUCGUUCCUCCUUCUGCAUGUCACGAAUGCCGGAGGAAGCGACGCACUUGGGUUGCUCAGCUGUUGUGGCUUCUCAGCGAACAGAGCGAGACGGCCAGAAUCGAAAAGCAGGAGCUGGAGGACGCGAGGACCAAGGCGGCGGUGGUGGAGAAGGGAGAGAAGAAGAAGAGGGGAGCAGGACGCCUGCGGACCUGAAGUCGGGAGGAGCAUCCUCACCUUGUGAAGCAGAGACGGGUCGCGGCGAUCGUGUGUCGAGGAAGAAAGAAGAUUUCUCUGGCUCCCAGUCUGUUGCUGGGAGUCGGACGGAUGAAGCAGCUCGAGCGCGGGCAGAAACCGAGACGCGAUUAAGGGGAAGUGGAGAAGGAAGACGUUCCGUUGUUCAGGAUCGCAGGCGAGAAGAACGCGCGUCAGCUCCCGCGAGCGAGGCGAAGGGGAGCGAAGCAGAGACCGAGAGGGAAGCACCCGGCAGAACGAGGCCCCAGGACGGUGGACAUGCAGGCAAGAAGACCUGCGAGGCACUGCUGCACGAGGGAACCGAGGGUGGAACGGCAGUCAAAGGAGCGAACGCAGCGAGAGAAGAGAGAGGUUGGGAGACAGGAGAUCGAGGAAGAACGAAGUCGACAAGCGAAAGUGGAGAAGAAAGGAGUGAGGACGAGAUUGAGACCCAGGAACGACAUGAAGAAGCGAUGAAUCUGGGAGAUCGAGGAGAGCGCCUCACGAAUCAGAGACGUCGAGCAAAACACGAAAGCAAAGUGGAGAAACGCAGAAACGUCUCGAAGAAAGAAGGUCGAGACAACCACACAGAGGGAGGCGAAAGAAUGUCGAGAUCAGGACGUGAACGGCACACUGUCUGCAUGAACCAGAGGAGCGAGAAGUCGGGAACCCCAUUCAAGUUCUUUGGAGAGGAAACGACAGAGCAAAGGUCGUCGCAGAUUUCCUGUCCUCAAAUGCAGACACCCGCUGUCGCUACCUCACCUCUCUCGGCUGUCUCUGCACCUCUCUCGGCUGUCUCUGCACCUCUCUCGGCUGUCUCUGCACCUCUGUCGUCUCCUCUCCCCGAGCCUGAGACAGGUGUGGACACAGGUUUCGACGCCGCUCGGCGCCUGCUGUUCCUUCAACAGAGACAGGAAGAAAGGAGAUCGAGAGCGGCUGCUUUGGUGGCGGAACGACGCGCGAGCGCGGCUGUGGAAACGCCGGCGUUUCCGCGGCUGGCCGCGCUUCGGCGGAAGCGCGCCGGUGUCUCUCUCGGCGAGGAGACAGGCCCCGCCGCUCGAGCGGUUGCGAGUCUCCUGCUGCGACGCCACUCCCAGCAAGUGUCUCCCGGCGCACAGGCAGCGAAGACAAGUUCUUUUCGGCCAGCGAGCAGAAACGGAGAGCGAUCGACGCUUUUUCUCUCAGCCGCUUCGCCACCGGAGCUGUCCCCGUCCGAGGCUUUGCAGAGGGCGAGGCGCGAGCACGGGGAGACCAGGCCCGGUGAAGUGGACCUUGGCGCGGGAGUCGUUCCGGCUCGGACAGGCUCUGCAGAAGGCUCCUGCAGACGAUGGCGAGGACGCCGAGAGCCUCCUGGAGAGACGAGCGACGACUCGGAGGCGACGACGUCCGCGGGGAGAGGAGGGGAGGAAGUGACGGAAGAGGCAGAGAUGGAGAUGCGGCAAAGGAUGAGGCGACAGCGACAGAGACGCCUUCUCCGUUUAAUGCUUCGCAUGGAGCUGAGAGACAGAGAACGAGAAGACGCAUGGGCGAAGAUCAAACGCGUAGUGCGAAGCGAGGCGGGUGCAGAGGAGAUCCGAAAACUCCAGCAAAGAAUCCGAUCCGAGAGUUCGGACUCUGCUUCUCCCCUGUCAGACGCGUCGUCGGAAGCUCGAGAGAGCGUCGAGACACCGGAGGAGAGAAAUCGCCUUCACAACGCUCACAAGAGAACUCUUUCUUCUUCGGAUAAGCGAGCGUCGGCGCCGGGGACAAAUCCGUUUGUGUCCGCCACCACGAGGAGACCUGGCUCCUGUCUUUCUUUGACUUCUCCCUCUGCCUUGUCUCCUGCUGUGCCCCCAGCUUCUCUGCACCAGCGGAGUGCGUCGGGGGACCUCUCCACUUCUUCCAGGCAUCCUUUCAACAGUGUCCGCUUUCCAGCCUCCCCUUCUGAGGAGGAAAAAGGCGCCUCGGGAGAGUCGCGCCUGGCGCAACGUUCCAGAGGUCCUUUGUUCUCCUCAAAUCCUUCGUCUCGUGUCGUGGUUCGGUCCUCGUCUAGGCCUUCUCGGUCUUCUCUUUCUUCUUUUCCUCAGUCUCCCUCUCCCUUUCCUUCUCCUGCUAUUUCUUCUUCGUUGCCUCACUCUUCAUCUCCCUUCCCUUCUUCUUCUUUUCCUCAUUCUUCUUCUUUUCCUCAUUCUUCUUCUUUUCCUCAUUCUUCUUCUUUUCCUCAUUCGUCUUCUCCUCCCCUUCGUUCUGCCUCGGUUGCCCUCUCUGUGCCGUUCUCUGGACCUGGGCCUUCAGUCGACUCUGAGAAUGGAGCAUCACGUCCUCUUUCUUCUGCGCCUGCGUCUGCCUCGGCUUUCGCAGAUUCUCUCGGUUGCUACAAUGGAACUUCUCAAAGUCGUCAUCAGCCUGGGAGUUCGUCUACCGAAGCGCCGAUCUCCUCCGGUGGAAUGCCUCUCCCUUGCUCUCUUUCCUCGCCGUUGACACACCCGCCUGCUUCGUUGUCUUUCCAUCCUUCUCUUUCUCCCCCUCCAUCUGUCCUUCCUCCGCCGUCUGUCUCUCCCCCUCCGUCUGUCUCUCCCCAUCCUUCUUUCGCUCCUCAUCUUUCUUUCGCUCCUCAUCCUCCUUUCGCUCUUCGUCCUUCUCUGCAAUAUGGAAGUGAGCAGCGUUUUGCUCCUUCUCCGUCUCUCCUUCCUCCUUCAUGUCUUGUUUCCUCUCUGUCCAUUGCUUCCCCGACGAACGUUGCUGCGCCGUUCUUCCAGCAUUCUGGUUCUUCUUCCUCUUCGCUGCCUGCGCUGGCUCAUUCGUCGGCGGGUGCCCAGUUCUUUUCUUCCUUUCCUUGUUUUCUCCCUUCUGUUCCCCCAUGCGCCGGCUCCCAAGAGAUCCCGUCGGCUCCAGCGCUGUGCUGGUCUCCUGGAGUGGAAGCGUCGGACCCCCGUUUUUCAGCUGGCCUCCCGGCUGCUCCGCCGCUCUUCUCUCCAGACGCGAGUCUAUCCCCUUCGUUCUCGGCUGCGAGGCGAACGCUCGAUUUGCCGGUGCCUUUCACCCUCCAAGACAGCGUCUCCUUCGACUUGUACGCGCCUCGACGCGGACGCUCCGCUCGUCUGCAUGCGGCGCCGAGGAAACCUGUGGGGUUGAGGAAUCUGGGGAAUACCUGCUACUUGAACAGUUUUUUGCAGGCGCUGUUCCUGUCGGACGCGUUUGUCGCGAAUGUGUUUCGCUUUUCAGGGAGAGCGCCGUCGCCGACUUCUCGUCUCUCGUGCUCCUCAUCUCCCCCGCAGGAUAUCCCGAAUCCUGCGCUUUUGCGGGAGCUGCAGAUUCUCUUUGCGCAGAUGCUCUUGCUCUCUUGUUCGGAUGCUUGCUCGUCUUCUUCGAGUCCCUGCGCAGACGCUUCGUCGGACUCGUCCGGUGCGCCGUCUGCCUCCCUCUCGCCUGCCGCUGUGCUGCGAGUCCUGCCGGCAGAAUACCGCGCUCAAGAGCAGCAGGACGUUUCGGAGGCUGCGCGGGAGAUUUUCCAGUCUCUGGGUGGACAGGAGGACGCGCUGAUUCGAUCUGUCUUCGCCGGACAGACCGCGCAAGUCGUCGAGUGUUGCUUCUGCCAGACUCAGAGUCGCAGAGAAGAGGUCAUCCACGAUCUCGGCUUCCCCGUUCCGUCUCAAGCCUGGGUCGAGGAGAAGCAGCGCGAGACAGCGCGCGCAAGAAGGAGGCUAUCGAAAGUCGGAUUGAACGGCGUAUCGACUGGCUUCGAGGCCGGUGUCUCUCAAGCUGUCUCCUCGGUUCCUGGAGGGAACAGCGGCGCGCGGGGGUACGGCUUUGCCGGCGAAGACCGACGGGGCGCAGCCGACGUCUGGGAGGGUCCGAGCCUGCAGGAGUUCUUCGACGCUCUCGUGAAGAAGGAGCGUCUGUGUGGGGAGAACGCGUACGCCUGCGAGGUCUGCAAGACGAAGAGGGAUGCCGUUAAAUGGCAAGAAAUUGUCUCGCCUCCGGCGCAUCUGAUUGUCGUCUUGAAUCGGUAUUCGUGGUCAGUUUUCUCGAACGAGAAGAAGAAAAAUGUCACCCAUGUUCACGUUGACGGAACGCUGACCAUUGGCGUCUUCACCUACGAACUGUACGCGGCGGUGAUUCAUGCGGGAGCCUCGGCGAACUCGGGGCACUACUACUGCCUGGGAAGGAGGUCCGAGUUUCCUCGAAACGGAGCUGGAGACAACAAAGGAGAGAGCCGACGGUCUGCAUGGUUCAAGUUCGACGACAGUCGCGUCACACCGGUCGACGAGGAGACCGUGAACGAAAUCAGCGCGGACGACAGGUCGGACGACUCUCCGUACAUGCUUUUCUACCGCUGUGUUCAGGCGCCUCGCACAUCCACUUGCCUCGUCCCCAAACGCAUCUUGAAGAGCGCAGAGCGGAGACUUCAGGAGGAGGACUGAAGAGACACAGGGCGCAUGGCAGAACUUGCCUUGGAGCCGAAGAGGGAGAAACAGUGGAGGGAGAGAAGAAGAAGGACCGGUGGAGGCUGCGCAGGAGCAGAAGAAGAGACAGAAAGAAGAGGGAGAGAGGAACUGAGACAUUCAGACAGAGAGAGAGAGAGAGAGAGAAGAGGCGCCUCGAAGGAUGAUAUGGAGGAGGGAAGUGCAGGAGAGCACAGGGAGAAGAAGAGAUGACCCGAGACCGACUUGGAGAGUCGGGUGAACAACAAGAGUGACAUCAACGGAGUCAAGACGAGGGAAACUCCGGUUCGGUGGCCUGGCGAGAUGUCGUGAUUUGCCGUGUCAUUGCCAAGUGGAGGUUCGCGCACUGAUGGAUUCGUUGUAAAGAAACAGAAAGAAGAGGAAAUGCAUCGUAUGUUGUGUUGUGCGAAGCCGACCGAGGAGACACUUCAAGAACAGGCAACAUAAAGGUCGUCAAGUAGUGCUUCGACGUCAAGAAAGAAACAGGGCAAGAAUACUCUCUUCAUUUUCUCACGGCUUUCGUCCGUCGCCCACCACAUUCACGCAGACAUCAAUGUAUACACAUGCAUAUGCAACAUGCACAUGGAUAUGCAUAUUAUAUAUAUAUAUAUAUUUAUAUAUAGAAACAGUUUUUCUGAUAGGGUGAAAGACAAACAGACCGGUCACGUUUUUCCUUGGUGAGAGGGUUCACAGUUGCCUGUAGAGAACAGGCAAAAAGUAGAAGAAAAACUUUUUUCGCGAAAGCGUAGGCCAGGAGAGGGACGGAGCGUCUGGCUGAGGAGGUGCAAAGCAAACGCCGUUCUUACAUCGAGAGGACUUUUUUCGAUUUUGUGAGUGCAAUUAUCUGUCGUCUCUUUCCCUCUCUGGACUCGUGUUUCUUCUGCCACUGCAGCGACACCUGCCUGUUUUUGUUUGCUUUUUUUCGCGCCACCGAGAGCUUCGUUUUCUGGGUUCCCCUCUCUGUUUUCCUCUUGCGUAAAGACAGUUCUAUUGAAAGUGGAAAGACCUGGCGCGGGAGGGGCGGCCAGGCGAAAAGCCUGAAUGGUCAAAAAGGUGAAACAACAGUCCCACCAAGAGAAAAAAGCAACCGGGAACAGAAGAAGAGAGAACAAGUGAGACAGCACGAGAAAGGGCAAGAGGGCGAUGUGAGCAGAGUCGAGGGAGACGGACAAGGGAGGAACGAGAUCCCAGUGGAGAAGAGAGAGUGCGACAGGAAAGAGGAAGGUAAUUGAGGAAAAUUCGAGAGACGACGGAAGACGAGUUUUCGUGUCUGUGCCUUGGCUUGAUUUAUCUUCCCGCUGACGCGGUCUUAGACUGUAGGCAGCUACGUCAGGUGGAGAUCAAAGGCGUCAGGCGUUUCUCGGCUUUCUCUUUGUUCUCCUGCAACUUUGUCUGGAGACCUUGCCAUUCUCCUCUCCUCGAACGUGCAGCUUCUUCGCUUUGUUUUCGUACGUUUGCUUCUCACAUGUUCAUCUUUGCUGCGCCUCCUCCUGUCGUUACUCUUUCUCACUGUGGCCGCGCUCUCGCGGGUCUUCUGCUCUCACUGCCCUCCUGUCACAGUUUCAGCUUCUCGAGUUACUUGCGUUCUCGUCACUCCCCUGGCCUCUCGGGAAGCUGAUGUCUUUCGGAAAGACACGAAGGAAGUCGGCUGCCAUGCUGCUACCUGGGUCGAAGCACUUGUAUGCAGUUCCUCAUGGUCACAGGUGACUGCGAAAAUCUAGUUUUUUUAUAAAACAAGGAAUGCGUUUAUGUUCAAGAUUUAUGCGUACGUAACGCGUUUCUUAUUCGGGACAAGAGUGAUGAAUGUCGAUAAUUUUUCGAUCACUUCUUUUACUCCAAAAGGGACUUUUGCGUGCUUGCUUCUUCCUCUUUUCGCUGCUGCCUCCACGGUGCGCAACUUCAUUCUGAAAGUCUAGAGCA